AUGGCACAACAACCCACAUGCACCGACGAACAAUUGGAGGCAUACCUAAAGCGUAUCGGAUACCCCUCCCAAUCCGAGAGCAAUCUUCUCCAGCAUCUCCGCCAGAAUAUCGAGAAGGAUGCAUUCUCUGCACUAUGUGAGCUGCAAAGAAGACAUCUCGCUGCCAUACCAUGGGGUAAUUCCGGGCUGCAUUACUCGCAACAUCAUACUAUCACUCUGAACCCUCAGACUCUCUUUGAGAAGAUGGUGGAGCGGCGGCUGGACGGGUACUGCAUGGAGAAUACCGGGCUGUUAUUCAUUGUAUUGCGGUCAUUGGGGUAUCUUGUUUAUGCCACCGGGGGUAGAGUCAGUCAUGCUGCGGCGAAGGGGGUUGAUGAUGGGUUAUAUUUGGCAAUUGGACAUAUGAUUUUGAUUGUGAUCAUUGAAGGAGCGAAGUACAUGGUUGAUGUUGGCUUUGGAAACAAUGGUGCCACUGCUCCACUACCACUUCGAGAGGGUGCUACUGCUACGGCCAUUGCCCCGUCGGAAAUGCGCCUUGUGAGGGAAAGUAUUGCCGAGUUUACAGAUCCAAGUCAAAAGAUCUGGAUCUACCAAGUGAGGUACAACCCCGAGAGCAAAUGGGUGUCACAAAUCUGCUUUUCCGAUGUGGAGUUCCUACCCCAGGAUUUCCGUGUUAUGAACUUCUCUGUCAGCCAGAGCCGGACCAGCUGGUUUACUCAGGUCUUCGUCUGCGUGCGGAUGAUCUUGAAUGAAAGUGGCACAGAGAUCAUUGGCCAAUGCGUGAUGUCGGGCAAGGAGGUCAAGCAACGAUUGCGCGGGGAAACGGAGAUCUUGCAGACGCUGGAGACCGAGGACGACCGUGUUAAGGCCCUGGCAGAAUACUUCGAUAUGCACCUCCGCGAGGGUGAGAUCCAAGGGAUUCGAGGACUGAUCUCGGAGCUCAGGUAG